GAGCUAGGGUUUCAAAGCUGGGAGAAGAAAAUAAAAUUAGUGAAAAUGAAUGAAAUUGGACGGAGUUAAAUGUUUAAAGUCGUUAUAAAAAUUCUUGAAGGGUUUAACGUCAAGCAAAGCGAAGCAACUUUGAGGAAGAUUUCAAGUGAAGUUAAUGAAGAGGUAGAAACAGAAGGAAAAUGAGAAGGAAGUGUAGGAUUUGGUGGCCGAAGCAGCUCUCGUCAACCCAACAACUUUCUUACAAUCUUCUUUUUGGCUGGUUUGUAUCUUGCUCUUCGGAUUCUCUUGACAUUGUCGUCGCUUUCGCUUCGAAUCACGAGUCAUCUUCGAAUCGACAAUCUCCUCUCCAGGAGAUCCUCCAUUCUAUUAAUGGCAAUAUGCAUGAAUCUCUUCAAGAUAAAUCGAAGUUUUCUUUGUUGGGUCAUCAUAGAGCUUGUCUCAGCAGUGGCCAUGUGUUUUGCAAUGGAGUGGAAGAGGAUGAUCUGAGAAAGUCCUCUGCUUACCGUGCAGAUGGAACCAGCAGAUGUUGUGGACAAUGGAGCUGUGGAUGCAUAAAACUAGAUAGCUUAUUGGACGAGUGUAAACAGAUGUCUAUGGAAAGCAAUUACUGGAUUGAGCUGGCAUAUGAUUCUCUUCAUGUUCAUGCCAGGGAUAUUCGUUGGAUUCCUAAAUUGCAUCGUAUUCAUUGGAAUGGGGAAACAGUGGCUCGAUGUGAUGUCCACGUUAUAGUCUAUGAAACUCCAACAUAUGGUGCACACCAUUUUUCAUUGAGAUUCUGGAAUUCUUCUGACCAUGGGAAAACUUCUCUUAAGAAGCCUCAGUGGGUUGAUGAACUUCACCAAAAGCAGCCUUUAAAUGACUUGGAUACUGUCAUUUUGGCAAUCAACAGUGCCGCUGCAGCUAAGAAAUUUUUUGAGAAACAUGAUGGCGAGAGAUCCAGUGCUAAUAUUCCUAUUAUUUGGAUGUUUUGUGCCUUAAUGUGGCAUUUAUUGGCCAUGUCAGUGGCAUCAUUGUCUACUUUUUUCUAUAUUUUUCUUCAGUUUUCUCAUAGUUUUUUGAAUUUUGGACCACGAUCAUGGGUAUGUGCUGCAUCAGCAAAGGCAUUUAGCAAUACCUGGAUAAAUAUUCGAAUUCGUUGUUGCCAGAUCUUAUAUUGGCCUAUCUUUCUUCAGGACAAUGAUCUCAGGUCUCAAUCAAGCGUGGAAUGUGCAGAAAAAGUUGCAUUACAUAAGCAUUCCAUGUGGUCUAGUUUGGUUGUUGAUAUCCUUUUGGGAAACUUGAUUGGUUUGGCACUCUUAUUUCACGCAGAAUCUGUCUGUUUGUGGGUUUCAAAGUUUGCCAGUGACUUUACAAAUGAGUUGCUGCGGUCGGGUUGUGUGUGGUUGAUGGGUGUCCCUGCCGGCUUCAAGUUGAACAUAGAAUUGGCUGGAGUUCUCGGCAUGAUUUCUCUUAAUAUGAUUCAAAUUUGGUCUACCCUUUGGAUGUUUGUGGGUUCCCUCUUCAUUUAUUUCAUCAAAGGACUUGCUAUAUCGGCAAUUAUUUUUGGGAUGACAAUACCAGCUGCUUUGGUCAUAGACAUGAUUACGAUCGCAACAUUGCAUGUGUCAACCCUUCAUUGGUUAAUCUCAAUUCUCUAUUCACAGCAGUUACAUGCACUAGCAGCUUUGUGGCGUCUUUUCAGGGGACGAAAGUGGAAUCCUCUUCGUCAAAGAUUAGAUAGCUUUGACUACACUGUGAAACAACAUGUUGUUGGAUCUCUUUUAUUUACACCACUUUUGCUUCUUUUGCCAACAACCUCUGUUUUCUAUAUUUUCUUCACUAUUAUGAACACAGCCAUCAGCCUUAGCUGUAUGUGCAUUGAAGUCAUCAUAUCUGUUAUCCAUGCUACUCCUUAUAUUAAAAUUGUUCUUCGGUUGAUAAAACCAAGAAGAUGUCCAUCAGGGAUAUGGUUUGAAGUCAUAGCCUGUCAAAGUAAUAGCAGUGAUUCUCCAUGGAGUACUUCUAUUGAUAAAACCAAUUUGCCAUUUGAAGAGGUGCCACAAAAAGAGGAUAGAAAUAGUAUAAUAUCCAGUGUUUUGAUUUCAAUUCUCCACAGCAAUUAUUUGAGCAUCGGACACAUGGUCUUACCUCACUAUAGAAAAGCUUAUUCCGAAGUUUCUGGAUCAUAUUUUGCCACAUCAGUUCUUGGUCUUCUUAGUGGUAACAAAAUUGCAUCUACUUUGGGAGCCACACUGCCCUCAACAAUGCCAUGGUUGUUUAUCCCACACAAAGAAUAUUGGUGCCUCUGUCGUAAUGUGAUUCUUGCGUGCAAUGUAGAUUGCAACAAUCAUUGAUGUCAUGAUUUAAUAACCCCUUCAUUGUACCUAACUGGAGUAUUUGAAUUUUGUUGCAGUCUUUAAGCUGUUUUUGAUUAUAUAGAGAAUUUUGGUGGGACAUAAGCUUCAUCUUCUUUUUGUUUUGGUUCAAACUUGGGCGUUAGAAUUAACUAUAACAGAUUUAGGACAUGAGGGGUAGUGUCCAAGGAGAUCAGUUAAAACAAAAAAAAAUGAAAAACGGGAAAUUUAUGUUGGUCAGCCAUUUAUUAGGAAUCAUUUGUUUGUUGCUACAGAUUGUGCAUAUUAAUUAAUUAUAUUUCCAGUUCGGUUUUGGCAUAAA